ACACACACACAAUCUCUCUCUCUUUAGACCCUACGAAGGAGGCGAGGGCGCGCGCGAGUGGGUUUUGCGCGUGUAGAAGGUCCAGUGGUUGCGCCGUGCUCGUGCUCGCGUCCGUGUCCGUGCACGCGCGUGGGAGAACUCGCGCUGGGUGUUUUUUUUCUCUCUCCUUCCCCUCUGUCUUGCGCGAGGACUUAUCGGUGCGGCAAUGGAACCGGUAAUAACGCGGCAAAUACCAUCACAGUGUUAAUUAAGGAGGAGCGAAGAAGAAGAAGGAGAAGGAGAAGGAGAAAGAAGAAGGAGAAGCUCAGAGAGGAGAGAAGACAUGAAGAGCGGAGGACAGAAGACAGAGUGAGUGGAGUGGACCAGCGCGCGCUCACAGAAGCUUUCCUGUGACCGGAGAGCAGAGGAGAGAAUUACUGUGUUAUAUUUGAGAAGUAUUUUACUAAAGACCUGUUAGUGUGAGGAUGAAGAGGAACAUGGGCUUCUACUCAGGAUGCUGGAUCUCUGUCAUGUCUGCGCUCCUCGCGCUGCUCCUCAUCCCGCUGGAGGCACGCGCGAACACCGUGUUGGGAAACAUGAGUGAGCCAGCGAACCCUUUAAACUCGACCUCCGUGGCAGAAGAACAUGACAAGGCAAAGCUGGAUGGUCGUGAGAUGUCCAAACCACUCAGUAACAUGUUCCUCAUCCUGCGUUCUGGACGCAAGCCCAGAGAUGGAGGUGAGCUCGGAAGUGGACUUCAGGAAGACGACGAUACUCUGACCUCCACUCCAUCCCCUGAAGAAGUGACAACUGAGGACGUAAAAAUCAGCCUUGAUUCUGCAGAGACUGACCAUCUUCUGCCUGGAGUCAUCAAAAAGGAUCUUCUUCCCAGUGAGUCGACUAAGAUCCAGUGGCAGGGCACUGAGGAGACAAUGGAGUCUACAGUGUUUGAUCUGGAUGGGAAUCAAGAAUCGGACCCGGACCCACAGGAGACUCCGACUCCAGUGACCACGUUACCGUCCCACACAGAGUCCUUCACUGUGGAUUUCCUAGACCCCAGAUCCCGUGUUAAUGACUUCAUUCAUCCGUCUCCUACUGCUCACGAGCUUCAGGGUCGUGAACCCACCUCUUGGGCGAUACCCAACAGUCAUGACUACCUCACUCCGCAUGACCAAACUCCAGACUCUCCAUCCUCAGAAGAAGACACCACUAAACCAGACGAUUAUGAUGAUGAUCUGCCCACCUCACCUCCACCACCUCCACCCAGGAACUUCCACCCUCACUUCCCAAAUCCCUUCGUUCCUGCUCGGGAAAAAGAACUGCCCACUAACCGUGAUAAGGUGGGCAAAAGCAGCAGUGCUGAGUGCCGGCUGGGCUCUGUGCUCGUUAAUGGAACAUGCAAGUCUCAGUGCGAGAUGACUCCAAAUUACUGCUUUAACGGGGGCCAGUGCUUCGUUCUAGAAGGAACCGGAGUCUUUUGCAGGUGUAACAUUCAGGACUACGUGUGGCACAAAGGCGCUCGCUGUGAGGCGGUCAUCACCGAGUUCCAGGUCAUGUGCAUCGCCAUCGGAGCCUCGGCCCUCACCGUGCUGCUGCUCUUCAUGAUCGUCGUCUGCUUCGCCAAGAAACUGCACGUGCUCAAGACCGAGAACAACAAACUACGCAAACGCAGCAGCAGUAAGUACCGCCCAUCAUCGGAGCAGCACAAUGAUAAUUUCUCUCUGUCCACCAUCGCUGAGGGCUCCAACCCAAACGUAAGGAAACUGUGCGACUCUCCUCCUCAUGCUCGUGCUUUGGCUUACUAUGAUAACAUUAUCUGUCAGAAAACGAUGAGCAGAUACACCUGGGAGUGUAAGACCAAAGAGGAGCCGAGCCUCGAGGAUGAUCCGAACUCCCAGAAUAAGAUGGAGGAUGCAGUGAAGUCUCCUCCGCCCAAAGAAGACGAGUCUCUGAACAUCCAGAACUCACUCACUCCAAAACAUGAGAACCACAAGGUGCUGGGUGAAGAGAACUCAUCGGAGGUAAACUCGCUGCAGAAUAACAUGAUGUAGAGAAGAAAUUAAACCACAAACCACACAGAUUCACCUCCACCUUCGCCACUACAAAAUAUAUAACCCCACCCCUUUUCUCUUACGACCAAUGAGAAUUCACCUCGAAGCCCCGCCCCUUUAACAGUCUCUUUUCCCACUUUGACCUCCCCCUUCACACAAGCACACACACACACACACACACACACACAUAUACUUAUUACACAUAUGCACACAUACACACACACACACCCCUGAUUUCUGGCAUGCGUCGGUGUAUUUUGUAUAAAGAAUAAACAGGAUUAACCCGUGUGUGAGGUUUAAAGUGUAAAGUGUUGUGCUAGAGAGUGUUGACUCAGAGACGACUUGGUGUUCAGUGUCUGACUAAUUAAGUAUGUGUGUGUUAAAUAUCGGAUCGAUAUCAGAUCACUUCUGCUCGGAUUGAUGUGAAGAUCAAAGCGCAGUGUGUGUCUCUGUUUCUUUGAUGUGAUUUCUAAUCCUUUGAUGUACUUGUUUUUAUUUUCUACUUUUUUGGAAACAGAAAAAAAUAUCACACACUUCAAAUAAAAUCUUUUUAACAUGAA